UAACUGACUUGCCUAGUUAAAUAAAGGUAAAAUUAAAAAUGUAAACGACCAAGUCCAAACACUGUUUUUUUCCCCCAUAUUUAGUAGACAAUUCAAUGUUUGUCCCCGUCCUCGUGGUAACAUGGCGUUAUUCCCCGUCCCCGUGGUAACAUGGCGUUAUUCCGCGUCCCCGUGGUAACCUCGCAGACAAUCCAUUUAGACCAGGUGUUUGAAAUGUGUGCUCUUUCCCAGCUAUUAAAAGGCGGCUAUUUAAGAGAUCUAUUUAAGAGAUCUAUUUAAGAGAUCUAUUUAAGAGGCUUUUCAUUGGAAGUUUGACGGAGUGUGUUUCCCACCAUUUUAAUAUGUUGCUGUUAUAGAAGUUGUUGGUUUCAUUGCUUAAUGAUGAUGAUGAUGAUGAUGAUGACGAUAAUAAUAAAAUGUUUGCUGUUUAAAUAUUUAGGUUUUCCAUCAGGUCUUAUAGGGCCUCGUUCCACUCGUGGUCACUGCAACGUUAUAGAAUAAUCUAUCGACAUUAUUGCGUAAGCGCAAUUUUAUUUUUAUUUUACAUAGUUAUGCCAGGAUUGGACUUGUUUUUGGUAUUGUCAAAUGCAGUAGUUUGGGGCACGUGGUCAGCUCUGUUAUCAGCUGAUCUCUCUGUGUUUAAUCACACGUGAAAACAUCUACAGCCUUCCUAUCAGUAUAGAAUAUCCUGAUGCAAAGAUACAUGAACAUGAUUCAUAUAUACGAAGCCAAUCACAGUAGGAAACUGUUUAAAAUCCAGGCUCGGGUACGGGUUCUCCUUGCACCUAUUUUACCCACUAUCUUUCUCUGCGGGUGGUGGUGAUGGGUUCCCUUCUCUCAAAACUGGUUUUUAUGAAGCAGGUUUUUGAAGUUCAGCUUUCAUGUCUCAACGCUUUGCACCAUGACGUUAACCACUUUGAAUAUAAACACGCUGUUAAGAAUAUUUUCUCGUCAACAUUAUCGGACAGUGUAUUAGUGUGGGUUAGAGACAUGAAUUGGUUUAGUUGACUCUCAAGUGCAGUGUUCUGUUUGGUUAUACAACUUUCAGAUCGUUGUCUUAUGAAGUUCCGUUACAACUAAUCCUGACACCGUUUCUUAAUUUAUGCAUCCACGUAACCUUUCACAUUUUGAUUCGGUAAUCAAUAGCUUACACUUAACCCUACUAAAUCUGAUCUUUAGCGAAACUAGUUAAGCCCCGUUUCAUUACUGAAUAAACUAUUUCCCUUGGCAGUCUAUUAUCUUAAAAGUAUGACUGAAAACUUUUUGUAAACCUUUUGUUUAAAAAAAAGCUACUUGCAUUCUUGCAAAUUUCACUAAAGCAGUGCAUGGAGUUUGUAAAAUAAUGUUGUAUGUUUUUCACGAUGACUACUUCUCCCCCUCCUGUCUGUUCCCUGUUUGCUUGCUGUUUUUCUUUCCCCCAGUGAAGAUGCAGGAACUGUCUUCUUCUGCUCUGACCUAACCAACAGAACCCCGAUGAUGUUCUAGAAGCUGUUCUAGAACAGUUUGACACACAACUGAUGUGAAAAGUGUUUCAGUGUGGAAAUAGACUGGAAACUGACCAAAUCGAUCAAUCGCAGAAAUCCAGUCUGCUUUCCAGUUUGAUUACUACUGUCCAUAGCCCUGUCCCAGGGCGAGCCAGAGAGAAGACCAACCAGUAACCCUCCUGUGUGUUUCUCCUCUCCAACUCUUUCAGCUUUGCGUUGCUAUUGGAUCGUUGCGCUGCUCCCCUUUCCAGCCCGCUGAAUCCGAUUGGAGGGCUGGGAGUUGGGAUCCCGCCCCUGCAGCUCCUCUUAGGCCACGCCUCCCUGCAGCUGGCCCAGCUCGUUACCGCUGCAACCGCCACUUCUGCCGCCAACCACCCUACACUCACCACCUCUCGCCUCCUUCAUCAACCUCCUCACAGCAGCAGCUACCGUCAAUAACAUGUCCCGUCCCCUAUAUAACCCCUUAGGGGAUCAGUACUCUUCACAGGCCCAGAGAUCUGCCGCCCAGAUGGGGCAGUACGGACUCACACAAUCCCAGGCAGGAAGGGACCCUCUGGGGGCCUCCCGCCUUGGUCUGGGGUCUGGUGGUGGUGGUGGUGGUUCCUCCGGCCAGGGAGGCAUGAUGUCCUCGAUGGUGGCCCAGCAGAUGGGGUAUAACCCGGGGCAGAGAUCGACCGAGAUGACCCCGGAGAUGGAAACCUCCAUAGACCACCACAUCCGCGGGGCCAGAGAGGAGGUGAGGCUGCUCAGCCAGUUGAUGCAGCAAAAUAAGAACCAGCAGGUCUCACUGGACGCCCAAGACCUUCGCCUAAGUCGUGACCCCAUGGACGAGCUCUCGUCUGGGGGAGGGCUGGGCGGUUACACCCCUGGCCGGACCUCCAGCGACCAGCAAAGUUCCAUGGACCCCUGGUCUGGCUUCCUGACCCAGUCUGCUUCCUCCAAACUCUUCUCCUCCACCCUUCCUCAGUACCAAAGCCAAACCUCUGGGUUUGGAGGUGCGGGAGUGCUGGGGUCCACCUCAAGAGGUUCCGAGGCUCCCAUGAGCGCCUCGUCCACAGCCUCUCGUCCAGCCCGGUACACGUCCAAGUCCGCCAGCAGCAUCCUGGCGAGUUUCGGCUUGUCCAACGAAGACCUGGAGCUCCUCAGCCACUACCCAGACGAUCAACUGACCCCAGACAACCUGCCCUUCAUCCUCAGAGACAUCCGCAUCCGUAAGGCCAAUAGAACUAUGGAUGUGGACCCUCGGCCCAAGGUAGGCGGUGGACCUGGCCCAGGGUCCGACCACGGUGGUGGAGGACAGAGCAAAGUGAUCGAUUACGAACAUUCUCGCGCUACUAAAUAUGACAGUUAUGAUGAUGGCGAUAAUAGCCAACCCGAUAAUUACAGCUCGCGCAAUCCGCUCCCGAAAGAGAAGGCAAAAUAUGACAUGGUCAGAGACUCGCUGAGCGGGUACGCCGGCCAUUCCAUGACCUCCGACCUUUCCAAGCAGCGUACCCAACAGCAGCACAUCCACAGCCCUGCGGUCCAGAGCCCCAUGCCCAUGACAGACACAGGCUCUCGCAUCGGCCUUCCUCCGCCUUCCAGCCAACCCCAGCAGACCCUCAAAACCCACGGCUCAUCCUCUAAAGCGACAUCCAAGUCCAUGAACAUCCCUGUCCGCAGCGGAGACCAAGGACUCAACCGACUCCUGGCGUCCCAGAAUCAAGGCAGCGCUCGGGGCCACGCUCAGCCCCGGUCCGGCCUGGUGGUUCUUGGUGGUGGAGAUGGAGCUGGGGUUGGAAUUCCAGGACUCAGGGUUGGAGGUGUCCCGGUCGGGGUUCCUCCUCCCACGACACCCCCCAUUUGGCCUUCCAUAUUCCCCAUCAUGAACCCGUCAAUCCCACCUCCUGGUCAUGUCCCGGUGACUUUUCCUCCGCCCCGGAUUGGUCCGAUGCCUUCCAUGCACCAGCAGAUGAACCUACCUCCCCCGAUGAUGAUGAUGACGAAGAGGUUACCGACCCCGACCAUGAUGAGCGAUUACUCCGCAGCUUCUCCCAGAUUCUUUCCUCAUACCUGUUCUCUCUGUAACAUAGAAUGUGCCCAUCUAAAGAACUGGAUCGAGCAUCAAAACACCGGUCUCCACGUUGAGAAUUGCCGUCUACUUAGUACAUCGUAUCCCGACUGGAACGUGGAAACUGUAGCUGUAUCAAGUAGAAAUGAAAGCAGCCAGUUGUCCUCCAAGCGCCGUCGGAGGACACGCUCCGCCUCCCGUUCUUCAUCCUGGUCUCGCUCUCCUUCUCCUCCUCCUCGCCCCUUCUCCUACCACACCCCUUCCUCCUCUACUCGCCGACAUCGAUCCAGGGAACGAUCCCGCGAACGUCGACACAACACCACCACCCGGCGUUCCCGGUCUCCGGGUUCACUUCGGGGCAGGGAGAGAGAACGUGACCCUCCGGCCUCGUCGUCUUCCCACCGGGAUCAGGAACGUCGACCUCAGACAGCCUCUUCAUCCCGGAGGUCGCGCUCUAGGAGCUAUGAGCGGGAGAGAGCAAGGGAACGUCGGGAGACGACGAGGAGGAGCAGCCUGCCGAAGUCUAACAGUGCUGAGAGACUGGCCAAGAAACUACUGGAGUCAUCUGCUGGCCUCUCCCUGACGGAGAACACCAGUCUAGAAGUUAUGAUGCAGUCCCUCGCCCCCGCGCUCCUGGCAGAGCUCGCCAAGAAGAAGGGAGCCGCCGCCUCCUCCUCUUCCUCCUCGAAGGGAGGUGCCUCUCGGAAAACUGAAACGGGAAUGUCCAAGUCGGGAAGCAAGCUCGGAUCUGGAAGGUCAUCAACCAGGAAAUCGUCCUCUCCCUCCAAGUCAUCCAGCUCCACUUCUUCCAAGACUAAGAAACGAGGCCCAGGGACCUCAGCUCUGUUAAAACUGAUGAAUAUCCCUCCACGCACAGCUCAUGAUGAGGUGAUGAAGGCCGUAGAACCCUUCGGAAAGAUCAACUACAUCAUCCUGCUCAAGUCCAUACAGCAGGCGUCAGUAAUGUUUGAGAAAGAGGAGGAUGCCAGACUGCUGGCGAGCUGUAAGACCCUGACCAUCAAAGGCGAGGUCGUUAUCAUACGGAUGGAGGAAGAGACUCUGCUGGAGGACUCAAAGGAACUGGACCGGGACAAGAAGUCUUCUUCUGAAAGGAAAGCGACAGCAGCCCAGUCCCAGACCAGCACCACCAAGUCAACUAAAACAUCUACCAAGUCUUCAACGACCACAACUAAACCGCAAACUGCCGGUACCAAGAACACACCCAAGGUGUGUGGAUCUAAUACCAAGUCCAAGGGGAAAAGUCCCCUCGGUCCUCAGCAGCCUGACAUUGCGAAUAAUAGGUUUGUGAAGAUCGAAGGUUUACCAGAAACUGGAUAUACAGAGGAAGAUGUUCUGGCUCUGGUGAAGCCUUACGGAUACAAACCUGGACUCUACAACUGUUUCAUUCUGCCCAACCAGAGAUGGGCCAUAAUCCGUAUGGAGAGAGAACAGAAGAGCUUUGCUAUGUUGACCAACUACACAGAGUCUCCUCCUAAACUACUAGACUGUCCCCUCACCUUCACGCUGACCCGCCCUGAUACAAACCUCCUCCAGGAGGGUGUGUACACCACUCUGAAGGGCCUCACCACUACGGAUCCAACGUUGAAGGAACGUCUUCUGAUUGUCAGUAACGUCCCCGCAGGGACUGCAGCAGCCCGGGAGGUUCACGACCUCGUCAAACGCUUCGGCUCCUACCUGGACUCGCUGUCUCUGAUCAACAGGAUCUAUUUUGAGAUGGAAUCGUCGUCGGUGGCAAAGACCGUGUGUCUUCAUUUCCAGAAGUUCCCCAGUGUAGUUCAGAACAACCCUCUGAAGUUCAACUUGCUGGUCAAGGAUCAACAGGCACCGCAGCCCCCAGCCCAGAAGACAUCUGUUGUCAGCACCAAAGCCAAGAAGAAACCAAUCAAAGGCAAGAAGCCUGUAGCUAAAGAUGUCACAACCCCAGUUAAACCUGUUACUCCCACUACUAAGAGCACCAAUGCUACGGUCUCAUCCUCUCAGCCUGUUGCUGUGGCGACCAAGCAACCGGGUGACGACGUCAUCGUCGCGGAGGCCAAGCAACCAGGAAGUGACGUCGUGGUGAUUAAUUCCGACGGAAAGGCAACGUUUGCGGAGUCUGGAGAGAAAGAGGGUGGGAUUUCCUCGACGAAAGAUGGGAAGAAGAAGAAUGCUCAUCCUCCCAAAGAGGAUGGAGGGAUGAAAACUGAGGAGGAGGCAAAAGGAAACAAAGAAGACACUGCGACCGUCGACAUCGUCGUUUCCGCCUCGUUACCUACGGUUGCCAUGUCCGCUCCCGAGGAAGAGGUCGCCAUGGAAACCCAGAGCACCGACGGCGUUGCCUCGACCAAUGAGAUUGCAGCAGGACCCAAACAGGUCCUAGCUGCGGUCCCACAACAGGGCAGUGAUGUCAUUGCGUUGGCUAGUGAAACCGUGACGACUGUGGCCACAAUAGAACCUCGUCUGAUCUCCGCUGUGGAGGGAGCUGAUAACGUGGCCCAUCCCGUCGACUCUGACACCGUUGCUGCCUUGGUACAGGCACAAACACCGGCUCCCGUCCCGGUAGAGUUAAAUGUUGAAGACAAACCUCAGGACUUUCCUCCGGUCACCGAGGAGAUCCUCAAGGCCCUGGAGGCAGCGGUGCACCAACACCGUAUGGGGAGACUGGCGGAGGAACAGGCUAAACAGGAACACAACCAGGGAGAGGGGAUCCAGGCCAAGCCUCUACCCAACCAGGAGAGCCCUGCAGCUGGGGAGACGGCGGAGAGAAAGACCCCGGCUGAGUCAGAAGAGAAGACUGGGGAGAAAGAGACGACAAAGAAAGAGGAGCCACGACCAGCGAAGAAGUCACAGCCGGACAAAAAGACCACCGACACGAGGAAGACACCUUCAGGAUCUGGCCAACCAGACCACAAGAAGACCACCGACACGAAGAAGACACCUUCAGGAUCUGGCCAACCAGACCACAAGAAGACCACCGACACGAAGAAGACACCUUCAGGAUCUGGCCAACCAGACCACAAGAAGACCACCGACACGAAGAAGACACCUUCAGGAUCUGGCCAACCAGACCACAAGAAGACCACCGACACGAAGAAGGCACCUUCAGGAGCUGGUCAACCAGACCACAAGAAUGGGAAGACCAAGGCUUCCGGAGGGAGAGGCCGGCGCCUCUCCUCAGAAAGGAGAGCAGACCCGACGGCAGCCCCGCCAAGAAGAAGGGGAAGAAGGGGAGGAAAGAAGAGGAAGACGAAAGGAGCAAGAGCCUCGGUAGCAGCAGUAAAACGACCCUCUCCUCUAGGAGCAGGUCUAAAGACACGUUGCUACGUGGGAGAUGAGUUUACGUCUGACGUCAUCCCUGGUGAAGCCAACUCCUUCUAUCUGGACCAGUUCAACAUGGACCAGUUUGUUACUGUGGAUGAGGUGAAAGGUGAUGAGGCUGAGAACACCAACCCACCGCAGUCAUCCUCAUCUCCGUCGCACAAGACCCAAGAUAAGGCCUCGGAAAGGUCAAAACGAUCGUCCAAACGCAGGAGGGGUACCCCAGAUACCCCAUCUCCAAAAUCUAGCCUGGAGCACAAGGAGACACCCACGUCCUCCUCCUCUACCCCCCCUGCUCAGAAGACUCCACGAAAAGCCGCAGCAAAAAAGGCAGCAGCUAAACCUCAACCACCUGCCACCUCUGGACGCAAGACCAGGUCAUCAGCAGCUGUUGUUGUAGCAACCGAAGCCGCAGAAACCCAGGAAGCUGCCGACGACAACACCAGCAUAGCCGAUACGGAGGCGGAGCCUGUUCCCUUGGAGACUCGGUCUCAGUCGGAAGAGGAAGUCGUAGUGGUCACUAAGGGAUGUGACACGGAGGAUGUAGUACCGUCAUCCCACCACAAGAUGUCAGUGUUGGACACUGCAGUGACCGACAACAAGGAAGAGAAAAGUGCUGUGUCAGAAAGCGAUAUGGAGACGACCGCUGAAAAACCUCCAGAGCUAGAGGGGAGCGAGGAGACGACCCAGGCUGAAAAAGGUUCCUCGAUUCUGGGUACCGAGGCUCAGAAUGGAGCCUGUCCCCUGGAGCUUGGUCUGACCCAUCCUUCUGCCUCAGCCAAGGAGCGAAACCUUCAGAAGGCCCUGCAACUACAAGAGGUGGAGACGGUGUCGGGUCACCAGGUGCCCCAAUCCCUUAUUGAUAAAGUACCUGAUGAUGAUGGUGAUUUCCAGAUACUCGACGAAGCUGUGGACGAUGACACACCUAGAGACGGAGAAGAGGGCAGUCAAGACACUCAAGAACAGUCUGGAUCUCUAUCUCUGGGUUACCAGGCGCCUACAGCCUCCGAAUCUACAGGUUCUCAGGUGCCUCAAGCUACACUAGAGGAACACGAAGAGAUCACCAACGACGAAGAAGAAGAAUCUGCAUUCCAGAUCCUCGACUCUCUCGGCCAAGGGGGCCGAAGAGAUUCUCUACCCAGAGAGAUGGAGGGGUUCCAGAUACUAGAUUCAGUCGAUGAUCAGACGGAAACGACACAAGUUCUGGACAACCAUACGACCGACUCUAAAUGUCAGGGGGGCUCCAAGCCUCUAAAGGGGGGUAAGAAGACACCCCAAAAGAAGGGGAAAAAGGAGAUUAAGAAGGUAUCCAAAACUCAAGAGGUGACCAAGACCCCAACAGGAGAGUCCGAGGGGGGUACCCCGAAAAAGAGUAACCUUGUCACCUUGGAUGAGGUGAGCGAGGAGGAGGAGGAUUACCCAGAUGACGCCGCCGAAGAGGAAGAACUUAUUAAGAAACAACAACUGGUGAAGGAGAAGCAGCGAGAGAAGGACAGAGGGAAGGAGAGAGAGAAAGGGCGGAGGAGGAGUAGAGAGAAGGAACGGACGAGGGAGGAGGAGAGAGAGGAGAGGGUCGGAGUGGAUACUGAGGGCUUGGUGACUUUGGAUGAGAUCGGAGAGGACGAAGGAGCGGAGGGGCCUUGCCUGGAGUCAGGAGACACCUUCAACCCAGAGACUCUGGUAACCCUGGAUGAGGCUGGAGGUGAUGGGGAGGAUGAUGAGAUGGAGGAAGAGCAGAACAAGAGUCCUGAACCAGCGCAGAACCAGCAAGCUGACCACACAGCUGAUGCUACAGGGUCUCCUGGUGCAGAGGACGACGGCAGGGGCAUGGAGGAAAUCAGGAGAAUGGACUUUGUGACCGUGGAUGAAGUGGGAGAGGAGGAGGAGGAGGCUGUUACCACAAGGAGAGGAGCCAGGGGGAGGAAGAGGGCCCGACAGACCUCUGCCAGGAAACCAGUGAAGGUGAAGAAGGUGAGCGUCAAAGACAAGGAAGAGGAGGAGCCUCGGGCAGAUACGACUCCUCCCACUGACACAGCUUCCGUUGACGCUCCCUCCUCAUUGCUCCAAGUCGCUGUGACCUCAGAGGGGGACGCCCAACCAGCUGCCUCGGUCCCAGACCUCCAGGAGAAAGAGAGGGAGGCUGAUACCCCGGCAGACCAACCCAGCCUGGAGGCCUCCUCAGCAGGGCAGGAGAGGCAGACGGACCCCCCUGAGAACCAGAGUCUGGAGGGGAAACAGGAGACGACAGAUAUCAGUGCUGGAAAGACUUGGACUGACUCCACGACACCACAAGAAGACAGUGAACAGAGAAGAGAGGAGGAAGAGGAGCCUGAAUUAAAACGUUGUCGUUCUGAGUCUCCUCUGAUCACAGACUUCAAACUGCCUCCCUUCAGCCCUCACAACCCUAUAGGCCAGGACUUUGUGGUUCCUAAGACAGGGUUCUUCUGUAAGUUGUGUUCUCUGUUCUACGGGAGCGAACACACAGCCAAGAAGACCCACUGCAGCAGUCUGCAACACUAUCAGAACAUGCAGAAAUAUUACCUGGAAGGAAGUACCGUCUCCAAAUGACCCCCUUGACCCUGGAUGUUUCCCAAAUGGCACCCUAUCCCCUACAUAGUGCACUACUUUAGACCAGAGCCCCGUAGUGCUGCCAUUUGACUCCCAACUCAAUCAAUCUAUAUUUUCUAAUUUGUUUGUCUGAAACAACUGUAAGUCUGGUCAUAAUACGACACUCUAUGGGGAGACAGAGGAUCUGAGUACAGGAGUGUUGAUCCAGGAUCAGUCCCCCCCCCAGUCCAUAUAGUUAUAGAUCAGUCCGCCCCCCCCCCCCCAAGUCCAUAUAGUUAUAGAUCAGUCCCCCCCACCAGUCCAUAUAGUUAUAGAUCAGUACCCCCCCCCCCCCAGUCCAUAUAGUUAUAGAUCAGUCCCCCCCGCCAGUCCAUAUAGUUAUAGAUCAGUACCCCCCCCCCCCAGUCCAUAUAGUUAUAGAUCAGUCCCCCCCCAGUCCAUGUAGUUAUAGAUCAGUCCCCCCCGCCAGUCCAUAUAGUUAUAGAUCAGUCCCCCCCCCCAGUCCAUAUAGUUAUAGAUCAGUCCAUAUAGUUAUGAUCUUACAGGCUGAUCCAGGAUCAGUCCUCCUCCUCUGAAAGGCUUUGUGAAUAUGGGCCCCAAAGUAUCAAAACAGUUUCAUGGUUUGUGUUUUUUGUGGGGGGGGGGGGGGUGUAUUUGGAUGUCUGUUUUAAUUUAAGAAGCGUGGUCAUGUUUUGGAGGAUGCACAACUUUGACCUUCGACCUCCCGUUGGUUGAGUUGCAGCGAUGACACAAGAUUGAACUUGGGGAGAAAAAGGGGGAUUUAAAAAAAAUGUAUUAUAACACCAUU